UUCGCUCCCCGCCGUGACUCGCCUUCGCCUGCAACUCAAAACAUACACAAGGUCUACAUAGGCUUUGAACACACACAUCCUCUUGUCGCCCACGAAGUAAGAGCUGAAAUGGACCUGUUUUUCGGCGAAGUGAAGCAAGUCCCUUCCCGAGCCUUUGACGACGACGAGGAGGACUUGGAGGCGCCGCACAUCGAGUAUGAGAUAAACACAGUCUUGAAAAAGGGGAUGGAAGAUCCUAUCCUGAAAUGCUCCACAGUGAUAAUUGCAUGUGGGAAUUUAGCAACAGAUUUCUGUGAAACCAUGUUCUGGUCUGAGAAAUGUUCCGAAGCUGGUGUGAUUGAAGUGAAGCAAAAAAGAGAGAUCAGCAUUGAAGACACAGGUGACUUUCGUCCACGUCAGCCUCAGCCUUCAAAACUUUUUAUCACCCCUCACUCUGUGCUGGUGUGUUGUACAAGUAGAGAUGUGACGCCUGUCAUAGCUACGCAGUUUGUACAAAAGUUAUUCAGUGUGAUAGGGACCUCCAUAUGUGUAAUGAUACUAUCAAGUCAUCAUUAUGGAGCUCUGCAUGGUAACUAUGCGCCAGAAGGAGAGGACAACUGUGUGGUCCACUCCCUAUGUUCCCCAGCUUUUCCUGGCACUCCUGUUUAUCCUUCACUUCCACAGCCAGCAACGCUGGACUCAGUACCUGCAGCAGGUAAUUUAAUUAUUCAUGUAUUCAUAUAUACACAUACAUAUAUGUAUAUGAAUAUAUAUGUAUAUAUGUGUGUAUAUAUACACAUAAAUAUGUAUGUGUAUACAUAAGUAUAUGUAUAUGUA